AUGGAUGUUGAGGAAAUGUGGGCUGUGUUCACAACGACACUUCGUAACUUCACAAAAGAAUGCUCGUUUAAAAGGAAUAUUGUUCACAUACUAGCGAAGCCCUGGAUCGACCAAAAUAUCCUUAGGCUAAUACGUCACAAGAAGUCCAUAUGGCAACGUUAUCUACGCCGUAAACAAAUAAGAGACUACGAAGACCAUCGAAGUGUCUCCAACUUACUCUCUUCAGUAAUUGCCAAUGCCAAAAAGAACUACGAAUCCAAGCUUAUACACUCAAAGAACAAUAAAAAAUUCUUUAAAUACGUGAGAUCAGCCCUUAACUCUAAAGUCGACAUACCGUUGGUUCUUAAUUCUAACAACACUCCUUGCUCCGGCCCCGAAGAGACAGCGGACGUGAUGGCUGAUACCUUUGCUGCCUCUUUCACAAAAGGGACCCACCAACUUCCACCAUUGAACGUUGACAGGAAUUUUCUGGAAAUAACCGAGUCUACUUUCAGCCCUGCAGUCGUUGAAGCCCACCGUUCAGCUCUCAUUGUUAACUCUUCUCCUGGUGCCGAUGGUAUUUCUGCUACAGUACUUAAGGAGUGUGCCCAACCUCUUUCCUAUCCUCUUUCUAUAAUAUACGCACGUUCUCUAGAAACAUCUAGUCUACCCUCUGCCUGGCGAAAUGCACUUGUAACUCCAAUUUACAAAAAAGGAGAUAAAUAUAACGCAGAAAAUUAUCGUCCAAUUAGUUUGGUACCGGUUGUGGCGAAGGUAUGUGAGAAAAUUAUACAGAAUAGUGUCCUCCAGUUUGCACUUAGCAGCAACCUUAUUCCCGAAUGUCAACACGGCUUCCUUCCUGGCAGAUCAGUCAUUACUCCUGCUUGA